AUGAUCAAUCGUCCAUUGGAAUAUAGUUUGCGUAUAUUUGGUAUUUGGCCAGAUUCUCCUUAUAAGAAAAGAGAAUCUCAAGAUAUAAUAAAGAAUAUUAUUGUGAGACAUCAAAAAAUUAUACAACUUUCAAAAAAUAUCGAAACAAUCUUUACUUAUAUAUCUCUAUUGUAUCAAAUAUGUUGUUUUGUUCUGACAAUUGUGAAGUCUUUGCAUACGGAACAAACAAUUGUAUUAAUAAUGAAAUGUCUUCCCUAUUACAUUGCUGUUAAUUGCGAAGCAUUUAUUUUGUGUUAUACCGGAGAAUACAUUACUUCUAAGAGUGAAAAUAUUAAUAAAGCUAUAUAUAAUUUUCUUUGGUACGACUUAAAACCUCGAGAUGUUCGUAUUAUACUAAAGAUAAUCUUACGAUCACAAAAACAAUUAAUGCUCACAGCGGGAAAAUUUAUUUGUCUUUCUCUAGAGGCAUUUGCUAACAUGUUAAAAGCUUCUGCUUCAUAUGUAUCUGCUCUAUAUGCAAGAUACUGA